AUGGGUGUCGUUUCUCGUCAGCGCUCGCCAGACCUCGAGAAGCAAAUCAUUUCCGAGUCUCAAUCUGGUUCAGUCCUGAAACUACAAGAGGCGAAGGAUACAUUUAAUGAUCCAUAUUCGUUUGAGAGGUUGACUGAAGUCCCCAUUCAGUGGUUUUAUACAGUUUUCCAUUCAGAAAUUCUUGGUAUAUUGGUUGACCAUUCGAGGCUGUUCCAAGGUUUUUCAGGCUUUGACAUUGAUGAAAACUGUGCGGCUGCAAACGGUCUUGCCACAGAAAUUCUCACUCAAUUCGAGAAGCAUCAAAACUGGGAGACUAGUAUGAUCAAAUCGAUGAAUGAAAUGAAAAUCGGCUUGCGUUCGACCACAUCGCCAAGACCAUAUAGAUGGGUAGAUGUUGUUGACAAACUACAAAAUGACCUUGACCGCAUUUUACGGAAGGAAAAUCGGCUUGACCCAACUCCAGAGCUCUGUGACGCAUUUUUCGAUUUGCUCAUUGGCGACUUCGAAGUCUGUAUUCGUGAACAUCUCUCGCAACUCAAAUUACUCUACGAGCGAGAGUUUGAAGGUUUCUAUUGGAAGUUGUACGUUAAGCGCCACUUUGGGAUCUCUAGACUUGUUUCAGUGCCACAAGAUAUUCACGAUUAUGCUCCAUUAAUAAUCUUUGUCGGCUCGCUCCUCUUACUCUGGUAUAAUACUCCCAAAUAUAUCGAGGAAAAAUGGUAUUUCAAGAUACCAGGAUGCAUUGGUUUAAGCAUCGUUGCAUUCAUGGUUUUAAUUUCUUUGAUGGAUGGGAAGAUCGCUUUCUACCUUUGCUCAUUUCGUCCCAGUGUGAGACCAUUGUACGAGCAUGCGACAUCAUGUAUUGCGUGGGCCGACACCAACUGUCCAUUUGCACUAUUUGGCUCUGGAUUGACAUGGCGAUUUUGGAUGAAGAGACGUGAAGGUUAUGUUCCGCGGACCGGACCAUGUACCGAUGUUGAAAACAAGGGAGGUUAG